AUGGCCAAUUCUCCUCGGGUCCCCCACCAUGUCACCGCACUUUUGUCCCAUCUCACAUCGCGCCCGGGAGUACAAUCGACCAUGAUCUUAGCCCGCAAAGAUGGCUCCAUUAUUCAAUGCACCGGAGAACUCGCUGCCUCAGAAAAUCUCAGUCGCUCCAAUUCAACCGCGAUUGCGGCCGCCGAGAUCUCCACCACACAACCCUCGGAGUCGUCCCCAGCGUCUCCGGACGCUUCAACGCCGGCACCGUAUCAGCCCUCACAAGCGGAGACGCUUGCGGCUCAUAUCUUCAACUUCGUUACGAGUGCCUCAGCUCUGGGCCUGACACUUGCUCAUCCUGUCCCAACUCAAUCGGGGAAUGGGCGCUCACCCAGUGGGCUCAAUGGGGAUUACGACGGCUAUGGGGCUGGUAGUACAAACACCGCUGCACCCCGCGAGGAAGACCAUGAUGCAGGCCUAGACCGAGAGGAAGAAGAUGAAGUCAAGCUUUUGCGCAUGCGCACUCGGAAGCAUGAGAUCGUCGUUGUGCCGGAUCGCAAAUAUUUACUUUGCGUGGUGCACGCUGCGACUCAUAGCGGUGCUUCUGGAUCUGCAGGGACACGGGUUUCGCGAUAG